UUCGAUCAGAAAACAGAGGGUUAAUAAACAGACCCGCUCUGACCAAUCACAGAGAGGUUCUCCCUCUGACGUCAUGGUCGCUCUCUUCCGUCCCGCGAGGUAAAAAAGUCUCCGAGGGGGCGCAGCUCGGCAGAGAUCAUCAGGGCGCGCGCACAGGCUGAUGAUGUUGUGUGUUGUGGUGUGUUUGCUGGUCCUCUCUGGUCUCGUCCACACUGGACCGACCGUCCCAUCGUCUUUCCUGAGGCUGUCUGACGUCCACCGACGCUCCGAUAAACCACAGCGGGAGCUGGACCCUGAAGUGCACAUGAACAUUACGGAGAUAAUCAGACGCUGGGGCUACCCUGCUGAGGAACACGAGGUGCUGACGGAGGACGGGUACAUCCUGACCGUGAACAGGAUCCCACACGGACUCAGACACACUCCAGGUCCGAGGCCGGCGGUGUUGCUCCAGCAUGGCCUCCUGGCUGCCGGCAGUAACUGGAUCACCAACCUGCCAAACUCCAGUCUGGGAUACGUGCUGGCCGACGCCGGGUACGACGUGUGGAUGGGAAACAGCCGAGGAAACACCUGGUCCCGGAAACACCAGACCCUCAGACCAGACCAGGAGGACUUCUGGAGGUUCAGUUAUGAUGAGAUGGCUCUGAAGGAUCUUCCAGCUGUUGUAAACCACAUCCUGAAGGUGACGGGGCAGGAACAGAUCUACUACAUCGGACACUCUCAGGGAACCACUAUAGCAUUCAUAGCGUUCUCCACGCUGCCUGAACUGGCCAGUAAGAUUAGGCUGUUCUUCGGUUUGGCUCCUGUGGCGACCGUGGCCUUCACCAGCAGCCCCAUGACCAAACUGUCCGUCAUCCCAGACGGCCUCAUCUGGGAACUGUUUGGUAGGCAGGACUUCCUGCCUCAGAGUCAGCUGAUCGAGUGGUUGGCCGAACACGUGUGUGCAAAGCAGCUUCUCAGCGAGCUCUGUGGAAACCUCUUCUUCGUCCUCUGCGGCUUCGACGAGAAAAACCUCAACAUGACUCGGACUCCGGUCUACACCACCCACUGUCCUGCUGGGACCUCAGUCCAGAACAUGGUCCACUGGGCCCAGGCCGUUCAUGGAGGGAAACUGAUGGCGUUUGACUUUGGAGCUGAAGGAAACAUGAAACACUACAACCAGUCCACUCCCCCUCAGUACCGGGUCCAGGACAUGAAGGUUCCUACAGCUCUGUUUUCAGGGGGACAGGAUACGCUGGCGGACCCCAAAGACGUGGCUGUCCUCCUCACCCAGGUGUCUAACCUGGUUUUCCACCAGCACAUUGAACACUGGGAACAUCUGGAUUUUAUCUGGGGUCUGGAUGCUCCUGAGCAGAUGUUUCCCUCCAUCCUGAAGCUGCUGCAGGAGCAUUAGAGGUACGAGGACGAGGACGGCCUGAGAUGGCUGACACACCUGAGACCAGCUGCUGGACAGGGUCCCGGCUGUUGCGAUGGAGCGUCCAAUCACAUGGCUUUAACUGUGGUGGGCGGAGCUAGCCCUUUUUUACAUUCAGAUCACUGACUGUGGCUUUAACGUGAUUUCUUCAACAUUUUAAUCUUUAAUUUUAAACCAGUUUUUAUUAAACUGUCAAAUAAAUUCAAAUUCUAAA